UAUAUGCGCCUAGUCGCAAUCACGCGAGAUGAGAGCUGUGACGUGGGAUUCGCUCUCCGGCAGGAAGCGGGCAGCGGGGCAUUAGUUGGGCAGGAACGGGGCUGCAGGACGGGGAAACAGCGGUCCGGGACUGCGGGCUGUGUUAAGAAUAUCGGGGCUAUUGGGCGGCAAGAAGUGCCUUGAAAAACAAAUAUCACAGAAAUCUGUAUAUCAGCGUAGGAUUUAUGAGGGGAAAAUUGGAGAAUUGGACAACGGUCUGAAUGCUUUGCAAUUCACUACAUGCAUAUACAUUUUGGGGCUAUUAACAGUAAACAAGAUGUCUGCUGAAUAUUUUGCCUUAGACACACAGUCAAAGUUUAACUCCAAAUGGCAGGAAUAAAUGUGCGACCUACACAGGAAGUUGCUCUGCACUAAUAUCAAUGUUACGCGAUCUCUGGCACAAAUAUCAAUGCGGUUGGGCUGGGAGAAUUAAAUGCUUUCGAAAUGAGCCAAGAUCGGGGAAAGUAUGACUUCUACAUAGGACUUGUGCUGGCCAUUAGCUCCAGCCUCUUCAUUGGGGGGAGCUUCAUAUUGAAAAAGAAGGGCCUCCUGCGCUUAGCUCGGAGUGGCUCUAUGAGAGCAGGACAAGGUGGCCAUGCAUAUCUCAAAGAAUGGCUGUGGUGGGCCGGCCUUCUCUCAAUGGGAGCGGGUGAAGUUGCAAACUUUGCUGCAUAUGCCUUUGCACCAGCUACUCUAGUGACACCCUUGGGAGCGCUAAGUGUGCUAGUCAGUGCCAUACUUUCUUCAUACUUCUUGAAUGAGAAGCUCAAUCUUCACGGUAAAAUUGGAUGUUUACUGAGCAUAUUGGGAUCAACGGUUAUGGUUAUUCAUGCUCCCCAGGAAGAAGAGAUUGGCUCUCUGAAUGAAAUGUCUAUCAAACUAGCUGAUCCAGGUUUUUUACUUUUUGCAACAGGAGUGGUUAUCGCCUCCCUUAUUCUGAUAUUUGUGGUGGGACCUCGCCAUGGGCAGUCCAAUAUUCUGGUUUACAUCUCCAUCUGCUCUGUUAUUGGUGCCCUUUCUGUGUCCUGUGUUAAAGGCUUAGGCAUUGCUAUAAAGGGACUCUUUUCUGGAGAGCCUGUUCUAAGAAACCCUCUCUCCUGGAUUCUUCUGCUCAGCCUUAUUGUGUGUGUAAGCACUCAGAUAAACUAUCUCAACAGAGCCUUAGAUAUAUUUAAUACUUCCAUAGUGACUCCAAUAUACUAUGUCUUCUUCACCACCUCUGUUCUGACCUGCUCUGCAAUCCUGUUCAAGGAGUGGCAGCACAUGGCUGUUAAUGACAUGAUUGGCACCUUCAGUGGCUUCUUAACUAUAAUUGUGGGUAUCUUUUUAUUACAUGCUUUUAAAGACAUUGCUUUCACCCUUUCAAACCUGCCUGUUUCUCUGAGGAAGGACGAGCGUGCACUAAAUGGGAGCCUUUCUAACAAUCUCUACGAGCACUUAAACAACGAUGAAGAAAGUCAGAUCAGUGACAGUGAGCUUCAAAUGACUGACACUUUAGCUUCAAGGAGGAAUGGGACUCUGGGUUCUUUUUAGUGAUAACUAUAUCUUCCCUUCCGGGAACCAAUCUGUACAUAAUCUCCAACUGACUCAUUCUGCCUUUUUAAGUGUUGCUGAAUGAUUUCAGCCAGUAUCAUUUUUUUAUCGUAUUGACUGAAACACAACCCUACAAAAACAAUCAUCGGCACUCUGUGAGGAACUGCGUGUGUAUUGUGGCUGCACUGUCGACAGAGCGCACAAAGUCCAAAAUCGUGGACAGUAUUGUUUUUAUAACAAUCAACAAAUUGAAUAUUAACCAGCGAUAUCAGUGCUUUGUCUCAGCGUGUUUAUUUCUAACAGAUUAUAAUGUGCAUAUUAUCAGUGAUGUGGGGAUGGUACUGAAACAGAAAAUGUAUUGUACCGUGGUUCCCCCAGGAAACAUGUUUUACGUUUGCAUUUCAUUGUUUUAAUUUUGCUUGGUUUGGACCAAGUCCAGUAAAUAGGAUUUUAGUUUGCCUUAAAAAGACUUUAGUUAAUGAAAAUUACCUCUGAUUUCAUGUCUCUGCUACAUGUAAGCAUGUAAGAUCACACCCUGAUUGCUAAAAGUGCACUGAACUCUUGAAUUGCUCAUAUAACAAUAAAUAAGAUGCUAAUAUACUACUAUA